AACGUUUACAGGCAGGAGGGGAGGAAGGAGGUGGCUCAGAGUUUGUACGCUCACAUGCCUCAAACCAUCGAGACUGUCUUCGCUCAGGAAGUGACCAAAGCUCAGAGCGACGUGGCCUACAAGAGUAAAAGCUCACAGCCUGUUUACAGCGACGGAUCUGUUCUGGACAGACCCGACAUCCUGCACGCCACAGAGGUUUCCAAACUGGCCAGUCAGGUGAAGUAUAAAGAAGUCUUCGACCGACAGUUGAAGGGUCAGAAACCACACUACAACCCGCUGGACUGUGUCUCCUUCAGACAGACUCAAGCUGCUGCUGCUCUGGCCAGUCAG